AUGGACAAGAUCAGUUCCCCGCCUACUGAAGAUCCAUCCCAUGAUCAGGGUAGUAAACCGUUGUUUCCAGUCCCACCGUCAGAUCCACCACCAUACAACAUCCCAAGCAGCCAAGCGAUGCAUGACUUCCCUAAACUACCCGGACAUAUCGCCAAACUUAACCACACAACAGGGCGCCUCCUGCGCCACGUGAGCGCUCCACCGUCGCCCAGGGGGUACAGGGCUUCACAGGGCGCGGAACAAACCCUCUCGCAGCAGCUUGUCUCAAAGGCGAUGAUGUUGGCGACUGUUCAAUUGCAGCAUCAGUUGCAAGCCAGUAUAGCAGGUAUCACAGGUGAUGUGAACGAGCGGCAUAGACAGGAAUGCGGCGCGAGAGUGGCUGGGGCUAAGAGACAGGAAACUGCGCAGCAGGUACUUGAGGCGAUCCUCGCGGAGAGAGAUAAUGGAGAUGGGAUGUGCAUUCUAGUCCCUGGGCUUUUGCAGUCUUUGUUACUAGCUUCAGACCUUAGGCACCAACAUCUCACUAUCGGUAUUGGCGAGAACAAAGAAGACCCCAAGCCUCGACAUUUCCUCGCUGAGCUUAAACGAGAUCGACAGGGACUCAUCGACCAGCUCAACAGCACCACCGAGAAGCUAAGGCGCAAGGUUGCCAAGUUGGAAGGGAGAGCUUAA